AUGGCAGAGCCAGGUUAUUAUCACGGCGAUUAUAUUCGACACCCUGUCCUUUAUGAAUUGGGUAUCAAAUAUGGAAUUAAGACGGAAUGUAUUCCAGAAAUAGCUUUGCCGUCUAAGUUGGAGGAACUCAAGGAUGUCAUACGUAGGGAGAUACGUAAAGAGUUGAAGAUAAAAGAAGGCGCUGAAAAAUUACGUGAAGUAGCUACCGAUCGCAGAUCACUCUCCGACGUAGCAAAUAUUGUAAAAAAAGCAAAUUUAAAACUAAAUGAACUCAAAUCAGACCUACAAGAACUUGAGUCUCAGCUACUACUAUCUCGAGGUCAGUCUACUCCCAACUCUCCUGAGGAUUUAUCUUAUGAUGAAGAAAUUAUUUUGGCUUCUGAGGCGGCUCAGCAACAGCGGCAACUUGGCGAGGGGACUGCAGACCGCAAAUUGGCAUCACUUGAAAAACAGUUGAAUAUUGAACUCAAAGUUAAACAAGGUGCUGAGAACAUGAUACAAAGUAUAAGUAGUAGUAAUCAAUCUCGUGACAAAAAGCUUCUUGCAGAAGCACAUCAGAUGCUAGCUGACUCUAAAGACAAAAUUGAAUACCUUAAAUUACGCAUUUCAAAAAUGAGUAAACAACAAAAAGAGGAUAAUGCUGGUUCAAAUGGUGAUGGCCGUACCACAGACAUGAGUGGUAUAGAUCCAUUGCUUGAUGAAAGAAUAGCUGAGUUGAGGAAUCGAUUACGUAUAGAGGCAGCAGUAGUUGAAGGAUCUAAAAAUGCCAUCAGGCUUUUGCAAAGUGACAAAAAGGUAACUGAUAAGAAAGCAUUGCAAGAAGCCCAGACAAGUCUUCUAGAGUCUUCACAAAAGCUAGAUUUAUUACGUUUAUCUUUAGACAUGCGGCGUCAAGAACUUCCAGUUGAGUGUCCAGCAUUUAUUGAAUUAGGACAUGAGCUCCGCAGUACUGGUUCAAGCCCUGGUUAUGUUAGUUUAUCCUGGGGAAGUGGUUCAAGAGCUCAGUUUUUGUCACCAACCCCAAUGAUCAGCCCUUGUGUUCAAGUUACUGGUACCCUUGAGGUGAGAUUAAUGGGUUGUCAAGAUCUCUUAGAAGAUGUCCCUGGUCGUAGCCGACGUGACCCCUUAGCUAGCCCUUCAGAUCUUAAAUCUUUUGUCAAGGGUGUUACAAUACGCAACUCAAUGAAAUAUACCUACAGUAUCAAAGAAGAUACCAGCAAUGAAAUUAUGGCUGUUCUAAAAUUAGACAAUCACACAGUGGCCCAAACAAGUUGGAAGCCAUGUUCUCAACAAGCCUGGGACCAGAGGUUCACAAUUAAACUUGACAAGUCGAGAGAACUUGAAAUUGGUAUUCACUGGAAAGAUUGGCGAGGCCUAUGUGGAGUGAAAGUUUUGAGACUAGAGGAAUUCAUUGAUGAUAUCCGACACGGUAUGGCUUUAGAACUUGAACCACAAGGUCUAUUAUUUGCCGAAAUUAAGUUCUUGAAUCCGAUAAUUUCAAGAAAACCAAAACUUCAACGUCAAAGAAAAAUAAUUAAACAACAAGGCAAAAAUAUCCCUCGUCCUCCAUAUGGAGAAAUGCAUAUUCCUGCCGUCAUUCUUGGAAGGCUUUUGAAACGCUCAUCACCAUCAAUUCAGAACAUUCAAACAGCUCAUAUUUCACAGCCACAUCAGCAUAUUUAUGAAACAACUUCUCUUGAUAAUAAAGAGAUUGAUAAUCCAAAUGCCACCUUAGUUGGCAUGGCAGGUGUUAGGCCCCUUGGUUUACCAGCUUCGCCUAUUACCCCACAAGUGCCUGUUACACCCCCACCAAAGCCUACUUUGCCUUUACAUCCUCCUCCUAAUGUAUCUACAUUAAGAAUGGAAAAGGAGCUACAGGAAGCAUUUGCAUUUUUAGAAGAUUCAUAUACUAGAGAUAAUUAUGUUCCUAAAGAUUCACAAACAUCAUCAUGUAACACACCUUUAGUAGAAUACCCGCCAUCUCCAUCCCCUAAACUUCUUUUGGAAUAUCCUAGCAAUGAAGAUCAAAUUGUCGAAAUUACAAGUAAUAUGCGGUUGUCAUCAUCUCGCUCAUCUUCUGUAAUAGAAACAUUAGGAAAAGAAACAGAUUCACGAAGACAAUCCGGUGAAAUGUCAAUGGAGAGUUUUAGACUGCUUAGUGUUCUGGGACGUGGCCACUUUGGAAAAGUAAUUCUAGCGCAGUACAAACCUACUAAUGAAUAUUUUGCUAUUAAAGCUUUAAAAAAGAGUGAUAUUAUUGCUAGAGAUGAAGUAGACUCAUUAUUAUCUGAAAAGAGAAUUUUUGAAGUAGCAAAUGCUAUAAGGCAUCCAUUUUUAGUAAAUUUGUUUGCAUGUUUCCAGACGGAACAACAUGUGUGUUUUGUAAUGGAAUAUGCAGCAGGAGGUGACCUUAUGAUGCAUAUACAUACUGAUGUUUUUACUGAACCUAGGGCAGUAUUUUAUGCAGCUUGUGUAGUAUUAGGCCUACAGUAUUUACAUGAAAAUAACAUUAUUUAUAGAGAUUUAAAAUUAGACAACUUACUGCUGGACACUGAAGGAUAUGUCAAAAUUGCCGAUUUUGGUUUAUGUAAAGAAGGAAUGGGGUGGGGAGACCGUACUGGAACAUUCUGUGGCACACCAGAAUUUCUAGCUCCUGAAGUACUGACAGAAACAUCUUACACAAGAGCAGUUGAUUGGUGGGGUCUCGGAGUUUUAAUAUUCGAAAUGUUAGUUGGUGAAUCACCUUUUCCUGGUGAAGAUGAAGGUGAAGUAUUUGAUUCAAUUGUUAAUGAUGAAAUUCGUUAUCCUAGAACUUUAUCUUUAGAAGCUAUUGCACUAAUGCGUCGUUUGUUAAGGAAAAAUCCAGAAAGACGGUUAGGUUCGUCUGAAAGAGAUGCAGAGGAUGUUAAGAAACAAGCUUUCUUCCGUAAUGUUAAUUGGGAGCAGCUACUACUUCGCAAAGUUAAGCCACCUUUUGUGCCAACCAUUAACAAUCUAGAAGAUGUAAGUAAUUUUGACAGUGAAUUCACUUCGGAAGCACCAGUACUCACCCCACCAAAGGAACCACGUCCGUUGAGUUCCACAGACCAUAAACUGUUCCAAGACUUUACUUAUAUGGCUGAUUGGUGCUAG